AUCAAAAUGGAUUCUUGUAUGUCUGUUCAGAGAGAAGUUGAAAAGGUUUUGACGAAGUUCUCCAAAUUGAAAGACCACUCUGUUGAUACGAUAGAUGAUUUUAUUUCUUCAAUUGAAAGUCUUCGUAAAGAACUUGCGGAAGGUCCCGCAGAUGGACCUGUGCAGAUGACCCAGUCUUCCGUGCUGAACCAGGCAUUACACCGUGUGCAGGAAGCCACGGGAAGGAUGGGACAGGAACACAAGGAUCUCCACAGUACUGUCUCGAAAGUCGGCAAAACCAUUGAUAGAAACUUUGUAGCCGAAUUCAGUGCUGUUUUUACGGAGAGUGCUUUCGAGAAGGAAGACUGUCGAGAGCUAUUGAAUGAGAUUGUCUGUGAACAUUUCCUCCGUCAGGGCAAACUGGACAUUGCAGAAACUCUUAAUGAGGAGGCAGGCUUAAACCUGGACCCCACACAGAUGGAACCAUUUCUGGAGAUUCACAGAAUCCUCGAGGCUUUGAAGCGCAAAAACCUGCAACCUGCUCUCAGCUGGGUAGCAGCAAAUCGUGAUCGAUUGUUGGAAAUGAACAGCUCUCUGGAGUUCAAAUUGCAACAGUUACAGUUUCUGGAGAUGGUGUCUUCGAACGCUCAUGACCCCGCUUUUAUAAUCCAACAAGCUCGACAGUUUGCACGCUUUGCUCACAAACACACAAGGGAGUUGCAAGUGUUGAUGGGCAGCCUUCUGUACAUGCCCCAGGGCCUACAGAACUCUCCGUACGCUUUUCUUCUCGACCCGAUCUACUGGGAUGAAAUUUGUGACGUUUUCACAAGAGACGCCUGCGCUCUUAUGGGAAUGUCCGUGGAAAGUCCACUUAGUGUUAGUAUUCGUGCUGGAUGCAAGGCCCUUCCCCCGCUUUUGAAUAUCCGGCAAGUGAUGCAGCAGAGACAGGUUGCCGGAGUUUGGACAAACAAGGAUGAAUUACCUGUUGAGAUUGACCUUGGCAGUGAGCAUCGCUACCACUCGAUAUUCGCGUGCCCUAUAUUGCGACAACAGAGCACGGAACACAACCCUCCCGUUCGGCUUAUUUGUGGUCAUGUGAUCUCGCGAGACGCCCUGCAUAAACUCUCCUCCGCAAACAAGGUCAAGUGCCCCUACUGCCCAGUCGAACAAAAUCCUGAGGAAGCUAAAAUAGUCACGUUUUGACCUUCUAAUCAGUGGAGGUCAAGAAUGCGAACAGUGGAUGUGUCUCCUGGGGCAGGCCUCUAAAGAGGAGACACACAGUGAUGUUUUGCUAGGUGUAUAUGAUUCAGGCUUGCUGGUCAAGCUUGGAAGCUGGUGUAGACAUAUUGGGCGAUUGUUUGGAACUUUGUUAAAGUUAAUAGAGUGAUUUACAAAAGAAUUUUUAAAUGUGAAAUAUUUGAGGAUGUGCUGAUAUAUUGAAAUUAAACAAGGAAACCUAAAACAGUUGACUAAAAUCUUAUAAAAAAUUCUGCAAGUUACAAAUGUAUUGAUUAAACCUUAAGAGCAUUAAAGGUUUGAAAGUUAACAAUGAUGAUGUUCACAUUGUUGUUAACUUUAACGAAGUUCUGAACAAUCUAAACGCUUCAACAAAAAUCAUUAAGAAAUUCACGUAAAGAUUAAAUAGUGUUACAUUUGUGGCAUCGAGCACUCUAUAUUUAGAAUAGAGGUAAACAUAGUGGACUUUGUGCAAAAAAUGUGUAAAUAUUUGUUGUUAUGUACAGUAAUUUGUUGAGCUUUGAGUUUUAUCACAGGGACUUGUUAUUAAAUUAUUCAGGAUGUGAAUAAAUUUUCAUCAUUUUUUAAUGUGUCAUAAAUGCCUGUUUGUACAGUUACUGAGAACAUGUACCAUAUUUUUCUUAGCUUGUCUGGUUUUAUUUUAAGAAAAGGGCUGAGGAGCUGUCAUAGUCUUGGUCAUGAAAACACUUAAACAUAGGCCUUUUUUUUCUUCAAAAAACUGUUCAUUACACAUGUUUUGCAAGGGCCAUAAAUCUGGAUUGUUUAAUUGUUGAAUUAUGACCCUUUUUGUCUGAUUUCACUGAUGUUGUAGUCAAAGGGAUUACUAGGUUAGUGCCUGUGUAUACAGGUUAGUGUAUGGAGAGGUUAUCUGGCAAGGCGGAGGAAUUUAUCAGGUCAGCCCUGCCAAAUAAAUUUUCCCCAUCCACGGCACUUCUAGUGUUCUAUCUAUACUGUCAGUUUUUUAUAAAAUCACAAACAACUUUGAAAUACCUCAGAAUUUCAGCUGACAACUGAUCAUGAUGAUGCGACUGCUUGUUUACAAACAUUCAUGCAUGCUGAGUUGAAAGAAAUGAAAUGGCUAUUUCUUAUAACGUUAUUUUCUGUGGCUAUAUGUUGUCAAGUUUCUUCUGUCAUUACAUGAUUUUGGAAAGGACCCUACCAUACUUGUAUCAAUUCAAAAAGUGUGCCUGUACGAUAGUGACCUAUGGUAAUUUAAUGUAUUUAAAUAAAAAUAUCUGCUAAAGACUUAUUGCACAUGUUACUAUUGACUCUACGCACAUAUGAAGCAAUGAUUAUAGAUAACUCUGGCUUCAAUUAUGGGCAAGUAAUGCCCCUUGGUCACAAGAGAAAAUGGACAAGCUAUUGCGUGUGUUUGCUGUGCUCCUAUUCAUCUAUAUAAGAAUUAUAAGUACUGUUCAAUCUGGUUUCUGUAAAUUGCUAUGCCUUACUUAGGGCUGUUUCAAUAAAGAUCUUUGUCGCUUUAAGUUGUAUAUUGAAAUGAUCUUAGUGUAGUAAUUUUAUUAUUUCGCUACGUAUUUGUCAUCAUUGGAUACCCCUGAUACACACAAUGCUAUGCUUCGUUGUGUACCGUGGGCAAUUUGGCAAGGAAAAUCUCGUAUUCAUGAAUAAUUAAUGAGGCAGUUUCAUUGGUUCCACAAACUACCAGUUGCUUAACGGUUGGAAAAUAUUCUGGCGAAUGCCAGAGUUGAACUGGGUCCGCCUUCUCAGCACAAUAAUAUUUGGCAGUAGUCAAGACCACACGACCACGGAGGCUACUGAUAAUUUAAAGUUAUUGAAUAAUAUUUCAGUGUAACAUGCGAAUUCAUUGGAAGAAGAGUUGUCUCUCCUGCCUCAUGCAUAUUCAUGAAAACGAGAUUUUAUCAGUCUAUUGUCCCACGGUAUGCAUGAAGUAUAAUGGUAGAAAGUACUGUGGUUGCCGACGAUGCAUAUUUGUGCGAAUUGAACUUUAGUCAGCAUUGAAAGUAAACACAAAGUUGAAACAAUAUAAUAAUUAUGUAUUGCCAUUUGUGACAUAUAUACUUAUUUCAGGUUAGAUAAUAAAUGAAGUUACGUCUAGACAUCUUUAUUGAAACUGGUCGUGGACUGUUAUAAAUAUAUAGUUGACCGUUGUGAAUUACGGUACGUAUUUGUACGAAAAAUCUUCACUUUCUAAAUAUAUGCUUUGUUAACUGUUUGGAUUUGUAAAUAUUACAUGUAUAUUAUUUAUUGUGUGAGGUAUGAAAAACAAACUACGAAUAAAAAUCCUUCAUAAAAAUGAA